CCCACACGCACUCUCUCUCACAGACGACAAAAGGAGGCGAGCGUAAGAAGGAUUUCUCCGAUCCGCUUUAUCACACUCUCUCUCACCGGCGACAAAAGGAGGCGAGUGAACAAGUUUCUACUAGCUGCUGCUGAUCAGGUAUCGGCAUUCUUUUGCCGGUGGCCGAAGGGAACAUGAGCGAAGCUCUGGGACAUAGCGUACCCAAACAGGCUCUUCGUCGGCCUUGUGUUGUAGAGAAUCAGAGUAGAGCUCAUCCGAGGAUUUCUGCAAGUUUUCUGUGUGGAGUCCCAUCGGGGUCUCACCGGCACCAGAAGCCGCUGAUUGCUACCAGAUUCCUUGGGAACAAUUUGAGCCUGGCCAAGACAAAAUUCUCCGAGCAAAGGCGCAGGGCGGUGUCCGCGGUUCCUCGUGCCGUCUUGGCUGCAGAUCCUGCUUCGGAGGAGCUUUCUGGGAAAUUCAACCUGGACUCAGAUUCUGAACUGCAGAUUGCUAUUCGCAGCCCUAGUUCAGGUUCCCAUGUUCGGAUUGAAAUUCAAGUUACCAAUAGCAGUGGCUCCUUGAUUCUUCACUGGGGUGCAAUUCGUCAGAGAAGAAAGGAUUGGUUUCUUCCUUCUCGUCAUCCUGAUGGAACAAAAGUAUAUAAAAACCGUGCUCUUCGGACACCUUUUGUAAAAUCUGGUUCUGACUCCUCAUUGACCAUAGAGAUUGAUGAUCCUGAAAUACAAUCACUUGAGUUUCUUGUACUUGACGAGGCACAAAACAGAUGGUUUAAAAACAACGGUCAAAACUUCCAGGUUCAACUAUCUGGAAAGGGCUACGGAAAGCAAAAUGCUUCAGUCUCUGGGAAUCCAAAUGUUGACCUGCCAGAGGAUCUUGUGCAGAUUCAAGCAUAUCUGAGGUGGGAAAGAAAGGGUAGACAAACAUAUACACCUGAUCAAGAGGAGGAGGAGUAUGAAGCAGCGAGAGAAGAGUUACUAGAGGAAAUUAGUAGAGGUAUUUCCAUAAAGGAACUCCGAGCAAAAUUGACAAAAAAGCCUGACGCUGAGGAGGAUAGCACUAGGAGAUCUCCUUCUACUGAGGAUGAAAUUCCCACUGAUCUUGUCCAAGUACAAGCAUACAUACGGUGGGAGAAAGCCGGGAAACCAAACUAUCCUCCGGAGAAGCAACUUAUGGAAUUUGAGGAAGCAAGGAAAGAACUGCAACUUGAGUUAGAUAAAGGAAUAUCUCUUGCUGAGCUACGGAAAAAGAUCAUGAAGGGAAAUAUACAGACUAAAGUUUCCAAGCAACUGAAGACUGCAAAGUAUUUCACUGUAGAAAGAAUUCAGCGCAAAAAAAGGGACAUCAUGCAGCUUCUCAAUAAACAUGCUCCCGAAAUUGUAGAACAGAAGAUCUCUGACUUACCAAAAGCUUCAACAGCUCUAGAACUGUGUUUAAAACCUAUAGAGGAGCAGGAUGGAAGUGUCAUUCUGAACAAGCAACAUUUUAAGCUGGAUGAUAAGGGGCUUCUGGUACUUGUCACCAAAGCUCUUGGUAAGACAAAGGUUUAUUUGGCUACAGAUUGGAAAGGGCCACUUGUUCUUCACUGGGCAUUAUCAAAGAAGGCUGAAGAGUGGAUGGUGCCCCCUUCAAGCAUGCUGCCUCCAGGUUCAGUAUUGCUAGACAAGUCAUGUCAGACCCCAUUUGGCGAGGCUUUCUCUGCAGAUAUGUUUUACCAGGCUAUUGAAAUAGAGAUUGAUGGAGGGGAUUACGAUGGAAUGCCCUUUGUCCUGCUUUCUGAUGGAAAAUGGAUGAAGAAUAAUGGUUCUGACUUUUACAUCGAUUUUGGUAGUGAGACUGCGAAGAGUAGGAAGGAUGCUGGUGAUGGAAGAGAUACUGCAAAGUCCUUGCUGGACAAGAUUGCAGAAUUGGAAAGUGAUGCCCAGAGAUCUCUUAUGCAUAGAUUUAAUAUUGCAGCAGAUCUGAUGGAGCAAGCCAGAGAUGCUGGGCAACUGGGUUUUGCUGGAAUUCUGGUUUGGAUGAGAUUUAUGGCUACAAGACAACUCAUAUGGAAUAAGAACUACAAUGUGAAACCACGUGAGAUUAGUAAAGCUCAGGACAGGCUUACGGACCUGCUUCAGAAUAUGUACAAAAUGUGCCCCCAGUACAGGGAGAUCUUGAGAAUGAUCAUGUCCACCGUUGGUCGUGGGGGUGAAGGGGAUGUUGGGCAACGUAUCCGGGAUGAGAUCUUGGUAAUCCAGAGAAAUAACAAUUGCAAGGGUGGGAUGAUGGAGGAAUGGCAUCAGAAGCUACAUAAUAAUACAAGCCCAGAUGAUGUUGUAAUCUGUCAGGCAUUAAUUGAUUACAUUAAAAGUGAUUUUGAUAUAAAAGUUUACUGGGAUACCUUGAAUAAAAGCGGCAUAACAAGGGAGCGUUUACUAAGCUAUGACCGUGCCAUUCAUUCUGAACCAAAUUUCAGAAGUGAACAGAAGGAGGGACUGUUGCGUGAUCUAGGAAAUUACAUGAGGACUUUGAAGGCUGUUCACUCAGGUGCAGAUCUUGAGUCUGCUAUUGCAACUUGUAUGGGCUACAAAUCUGAGGGUGAAGGCUUUAUGGUUGGCGUACAAAUAAAUCCAAUAAGGAGUUUGCCAUCUGGAUUUUGUGACGUGCUGGAAUUUAUACUAGACCACCUUGAAGAUAAAAUGGUGGAGCCACUGCUUGAGGGCUUGCUGGAGGCACGAGUGGAACUUCGACAGUUGCUACUCAAUUCCCAUGAACGUCUGAAGGAUCUUAUCUUUUUGGAUAUCGCCCUCGAUUCUACAGUCAGGACAGCAAUUGAAAGGGCAUAUGAAGAACUGAAUGAUGCUGAACCAGAGAAAAUCAUGUACUUAAUUACCCUAGUUCUUGAAAAUCUUGCUUUGUCAACAGAUGAUAACGAGGAUCUCAUAUACUGCUUGAAGGGAUGGAAUCAUGCUCUAGAGAUGUCCAAGGAAAAGGAUGAUCAAUGGGCAUUAUAUGCAAAAUCAUUUCUUGAUAGAACCCGGCUUGCCCUGUCAAGCAAGGCAGAGCUCUACCAUCAAAUCCUGCAACCUUCUGCCAAAUACCUUGGAUCAUUGCUUGGAGUCAAUCAAUGGGCAAUAAGCAUAUUUACUGAAGAAGUUAUUCGUGGAGGAUCAGCUGCCUCUUUAUCAGCACUUCUUAAUCGACUAGAUCCUAUUCUUCGGAAAGUGGCACAUCUGGGAAGUUGGCAGGUUAUAAGCCCUGUUGAAGUUGCUGGAUAUGUUGCUGUUGUAGAUGAACUGCUUGCUGUUCAGAACAAAUCUUAUGGACGGCCUACAAUUUUAGUGGCAAGAAGUGUCAAGGGAGAGGAGGAAAUACCAGAUGGCACAGUGGCUGUGCUGACACCUGACAUGCCAGAUGUUCUUUCUCAUGUCUCCGUGAGAGCAAGAAAUAGCAAGGUUUGCUUUGCUACAUGCUUUGACUCCAGCAUUCUGACUGAACUCCAAGGAAAUGAAGGGAAGCUGUUUCGCCUGAAACCUACUUCUUCAGAUAUCUUAUACAAUGAAAUAGAUGAGAGUGAAAUAUCAAGUUCAGCUGGCACAGGAGAUGAUCAGUCUCCACCAUCUCUAACUUUGGUCAGGAAGCAGUUUGCUGGUAGAUAUGCCAUAUCAGCUGAAGAAUUUACCAGUGAAAUGGUUGGUGCUAAAUCACGUAACAUCUCAUUUUUAAAAGGAAAAGUGCCAUCUUGGAUUGGAAUUCCAACAUCAGUUGCACUACCAUUUGGAGUCUUUGAGAAGGUUCUAUUGGAUAAUAUUAACCAGGCUGUAGCUGACAACCUACAGAUGCUAAAGGAAAGGUUAAGACAAGGAGAAUUUGGUGCACUUCAUGAAAUACGCAAAGUGGCUCUGCAGCUCGCAGCUCCACCUCAGUUGGUGCAAGAGCUUAAGGAGAAAAUGCAGGGUGCUGGAAUGCCAUGGCCUGGUGAUGAAGGUGUGCAUCGAUGGGAACAAGCAUGGAUGGCAGUAAAAAAGGUGUGGGGUUCAAAGUGGAAUGAGAGAGCAUACUUCAGCUCCCGCAAGGUCAAGUUAGACCAUGACUCUCUCUGCAUGGCUGUCCUGGUUCAAGAAAUCAUAAGUGCAGACUAUGCAUUUGUCAUCCAUACUACUAAUCCCUCAUCUGGAGACUCAUCAGAGAUAUAUGCUGAGGUGGUGAAAGGACUAGGAGAAACUCUAGUAGGAGCCUAUCCAGGUCGUGCACUGAGCUUUAUCUGCAAGAAAAAUGACCUCAACUCUCCCAAGGUCCUGAAUUUCCCAAGCAAACCAAUUGGCCUCUUCAUAAGACGGUCGAUUAUCUUCAGAUCUGACUCUAAUGGUGAAGAUUUAGAAGGUUAUGCUGGUGCAGGGCUUUAUGACAGUGUGCCGAUGGAUGAGGAAGAGAAGGUGGUGCUCGACUAUACAUCCGAUGCACUGGUCAUGGAUCGCAAUUUCCGGCUGUCCAUCCUCUCCAGCAUUGCUAAAGCCGGGGCUGCAGUUGAGGAAUUGUAUGGCUCUCCGCAAGAUAUUGAAGGUGUGGUUAAGGAUGGGGAAAUUUUUGUUGUCCAAACAAGACCACAGAUGUGAUUUGCUGUUGUAGAACAUCAAGCUCUGCAAUUUUUGCUUGCGGCAAAGCAUCAGGAAAAAAAAAAAAAAGAAAGAAAGAAAGAAAGAAAGAAAGCGAGAGAGAGAGAAGAAAAAGAAUCCUGUUGUCACCAUUACGUUGCUCUUCUUAGCUCCUGUUAUUCUUGUAAGUUUAGAACUACCGGCUACAAGUUGUUUGUGCAAAUAAUAACUCAUGAAUUGAAAAUAUAAA